AGCAGGGUCGUCACACGGCUGGAGCACAGCUAUGCUCUCAGCCCCGUAACCGCCCUCGCCUUCUACGAAGUCGGGCCCGACCGAGUCCUCCUCCUCGCGGGCGAAGACACCUGGCUCAAGGUCUAUGAUAGCCAAACGUGCCGUCUGCUCGGCCAGCUCAACGUCUUCCACUCCCAGCCCGUCCACGGCAUCUACGUCUCUCAGUCGAAAAGAAACGGGGAGACCAAGCUGCUCAUCUGGGGCGGCCGCUCCGUCACCCUCCUCCCCGACUCCUCCCUCCAGGCCCUCAUCACCGGCCAGAUCGCCCCGCCCCGGCCGGUCGAGUCCUACGCUUCGGACUGGAUCUACGACGGCAUCCUCUUUCCCGACCCGGACCCGGACCCGGACCCGGACCCGGACGCAGCAGAGACCAGCACCCCGGCUACCACCACCGGCGCCCUGGUGACAGCCCACAACGAGAUCCUCCCCCUGACUUGGGCCGCCGGAGCGGACCGGGACCGCCGGGCCGGCCGCCUCGCCUUCGGGCUCCUGACCUCGCCCUCCCGCCCGAUCCUCUACUCGGCCAGCCUGGCCCUGCUGCCGGAGCCCGGCGCCAUCCUGGUCGCCGCCGGCACCACCGCUCGUCCUGACGGGGCUGCGGCUGUCACUCCUGCCGGCGAGGAAGAAGCCGGAGCCGGGACGGUUCUCUUGGACGGGGCGAGAGAGACGGGCUUUGGUGGUGGUGGCGAUGGUGGUGAUGGUGGUGAUGGUGGCGGCGGCCAAGGGGGGAACUCCGAGGUCGGGAGAGAGAGCGCAGGGGAUUCGGCCAGGUGCGUUGCCGUUGCCAUGGGGCACGUGUCGAGGAUAUGGCACGUCAAGUUCGGCAGGGCGCUGCUGGGUGGGGGUUCAGGAACGAUCGAGAUCUACUCGUUUGGCGAGGACUGUUCGAGGCAGAAAUGGGAGCUAGACCUGGGCCCCUGGCGAGAGCCGGGGUCCGAGAGGAAGGUCGGGACUCUGCGGCAUUGCGGCGCCAGUACGUGCCACGAUGGGAAGAAUAUCUGGUCCGCCGCGGUGCUGAACAGGGGGGCGCCCAUCGAGCCUCUGACGGCGACCGGCGGGGCAGAUGGCAAGAUCGUCGUGUCGGGGAGACUCGGGGCCGCCGCCAGCUCACGUGUCGGCACCUACGAAGACUUGGAUAUCAGUCUGACCUUUGACGAGAUUCUUGGGCAAGUGGGCGGUCCCGACUCUACCGCCGUGCUGCCGACCAACAACAAGGCCGCCAAGCAUGCCUUUCAGCGGUACGCCUUCCUGUCCGACACGGUUCUUGCGGCCACGGCACAGGGAAGGCUCUUUCUCGCGACCAUGGGACACCCCCUGGUUUGGGAAGAAGUUCGGGCGCCCGACUCCACCGUUGCUGAUCUGAGGCCGUACAACGUCGUCAAGAGCCCGGCAAAGGACACGGCCGUCAUCGGGAGCGCUAGCGGCAGGAAGGUAUCCGAUAUCAUCCUCCUGGGCGGCCGCGCCGGGGACGGACAACCCUGGUCCGUCCUCGUCAACAUCCUUGGCCUCGACCAUGCCCUCCUCCUCCGCUUCGACCCAUCCACCAACGCCGCCACCAUCGACGGCCGCAAAGUCCGGCUUCCAGAGCAUUACAUUGUCACGGCAGCCGCCUUUUGCAAUGACACGCUCAUCCUAGGCUCCCGCACUGGUUCACUGACCGUGUAUGCGACCGACACAGAGACGAACGACUUCAUACCCCUGGCCUCCCGCAAGGACUGCAAGACCAAAGACGCCAUCACUUGCAUCUUGCCCAUCCCAGGGACGCCGGCAAGCCAGACCUCAUUCUCAACCACCUGCCGCGACGGCAAGUACCGUAUCUAUAACCUCGUAGCGUCUCCGCACAAUGCCAGCCUAAACCUGCAACAUGAGAUCGUCCCUCCACUCAACACCCUCGAGGGAGCCUUCUUCACCACCUCCGCACCAACCGCUUCCCGCCAAAAGAGCCCGCUUAGCAGCAGCAGCAGCAGCAGCAGCAGCAGCAGCAGCAAUCACCACAACACUAACGAAAAAUCACAACUCAUUCUGCACGGCUUCCACGGCCCCAACUUCAUCACCUACAACGCCUCGACGCGCUCUAUCAUCUCCAGCAUCCCCUGCGGCGGCGCACACCGUCCCUUUACCACCAUCGCGUGCCCUCACGACCCGGGCCAGAUGCGCUUCGUCUUCUCCAAGGCGGGCGAGCUGCGCAUCGUCUCGCAGAGUGCCGAGGGCGAGAGGGUGCUGCGGGCCGGGGGCCACGGGAGGGAGAUCAAGAGUGUGUCCGCCGUGUCGUUCUCUCUCCCAUCCGCGUCCGCGGGGGCGGGAAACCAAGUCUCAGAAGAGGGACAGGAGGGAGGGGAACCGGAACCGAGAGAAGAGCUGAUCGCCACGGCAGCCGAGGACACCACGAUCCGCAUCUGGCGGCACCACCGCCUCGCCGGCCCUAACGAGCACGGCGAGCACAACGAGCACAACGACGACGACAAAGACGAUGUCUAUCCCGCGCAAAACCCGUCCUCCCAACUGACCUGCCUCGCCGUCCUCCAGGGCCACUCCGCGGGCAUCCAGGCCCUCCGCUUCGCCAACGGCGGCUCGCACCUCGUCAGCAGCGCCGGCAGCGAGGAGCUCUUCGUCUGGCGCGUCUCGCGCAUCCGGUCGAGCGCGUUCGACGCCCUGGCCGUCGUGCGCGAGGCGGCGUGGGGCGACGACGAUGCCCACGGCAGGUCGCCCGACAAGGACCUGAGGAUCGUCGACUUUGACGUCGCUUCCUACUCCCCGUCCAACGAGCCGACCACGUCGCCGCUCUUGUUGAUCACCAUGGCCCUGUCGGACUCCAGCGUGCGCAGCUACGUCUACCGCUGCUGCCCCCCGGAGGACGGCAGCGCCAAGGCAACGGACGACGAGUCGUCCGCUGCUUCUGCUUCUGCUGCUACUGCUGCUGCUGCUGCUGCUGCUGCUUCGCCCCCGCGGGGCCGUUUCAGCUUGCUGGCGACCGGUCGGUACACGGGCGCCUGUCCGACACAGGUCCGGCACCUGAGGGUGGGCAAGACCUGGGUCGGCGGCGCCGGGGAAGCAGAGACAGAGACCGAGACAGAGACAGUGGCGGAGCCGGAGCCGGAGCUGCACGUGCUGACGGCGUUUACGGACGGGCACGUGGCCGUGUGGAAGAAGGAGAAGAAGAAGAAGAAUCAGAAUCCGACGGCAGCCUCCUCCGGUGGGGCGGUCAGCAGCAGCAGCAGCAGCAGCAGCAGUAGCAGCGAGUUUUGCCUGGCGCUGGUGGUGCGGCUGCACCAGAGCAGCAUCAAGAGCCUGGACCUGUCAUCCCGCCGCCGCCGCUGCUGGCUGGUGGCCACGGGCGGCGACGACAACGCGCUCGGCCUGACGGAGCUCGCGUGGGACGCGGCAGGAGCGGCAGAAGCGGGGUACGUCGUGCGCGCGAGGUACCGGGUCCGGGACGCGCACGCGGCCGCCGUCACGGGGCUUGCCCUGGUCGGCGGCAACCCCGAACACGGCGUGGUCGAGAUCGCCACCGUCAGCAACGACCAGCGCGUGAAGCUCUGGAGGGCGGAGAGGAGGAGGGAGAAGGAGGAGGAGGAGGAGGAGGAGGAGGAGGAGAAGGAGGUCGGCGACGACCCCGCCGGCGGGAUGCGGGUCGCUCUGCUGCAGAACAGGUACAGCUCUGUGGCGGACGCUGGCGAUCUGGAGCUGGUGGCACCCGGAAAACUUAUGGUUGGCGGCGUCGGCAUGGAGUUGUGGGAUAUAUCGUGUCCGGGAGGUGCGACAGGGAUGAAUCGUUGUGUAUAA